AUGACAAAGUGGGAAAUUGAUGGUGGCGCCGGGCCUCCCUUUGCUAUGUUCAAAUAUCUCUGCCAUAGUGCGACAGACAGCGACAAGAAGGCAUUUAUAAGAAUCUAUUUUCAGAUUCCUAUCGCCGGAACUGAGUACCAACGCCCCGAGGUUCGACAACAACAGGCCGCUCCGCCACGAAAACAUCGGACGAUGCAUAUUUCAGGUUUCCGAGUCCCCGUUCCCCUUGAACCCGAACGUGAAUUUACCGACGUGACCUUCGCCGAAUGGGGCUUGGCUAUACCAUCCCGUAAGGCCGGCUGGGCAAAAGACAGGACUAAGUGGGCUUGGUGA